CAGCCCGACGACGCACAGUAAGUUUUGUAGAGCAGGUGAAAAACGUAGAGAGAGAGAGGAGAAGAAAUGGCGCCAAAACGAGGUAGAAACCGGUCGUCGUCGCCGGGACCAAAUGGAAUGUUCGCCGGAAUGGUGGUUUUCAUGGUGGAAAACGGAGUGCAACGCCGUCGAUUGCAGAUUUGGAAGCAGAAGCUAGUCCAGAUGGGAGCAGUGAUCGAAGAAGACCGGUUAACGAAGAGUGUUACUCAUGUUUUUGCCAUGAAUUCGAAUGUCCUUGUCGAGAAACUGGGAAAGGAUCUCUUGUCACGAUUCAAAGGACAUCUUCUGCUCUACCAAUGGUUAGAAGAUAGCCUAAGUGCUGGGGAGAAGGCUAAUGAAGACUUGUAUGCUCUCACAAUUGACUCAGAUGAAACAGAGAAAUCAGACAAGUCGCCUGCUGAAAUCGGUGCUGGUGAAGAACAACCAUCAGCUCAGAAAAGAAAUAGAUCUUCACCCGACAGUCAUGAAGGUUUUAUCGCCUCAGAAAUCCAUAAGAAUGCAACUAAAGAUUCUUCACGCGAAUCCCCUGAUUUGCCUACAAGCGCCGGUAGUCCCUCACCAAGUGCCAGUUCUGGAGAAGGCAAUGCAGAAGAUUCCGUAACUCCACAUUCAGAGGUGAGACUAAAUAAUUUUCAGUCUACAUCGGUGUACAAACCGCCUGAUUUGAACAGAAAUAUCACCGAGAUAUUUGGAAAACUGAUAAACAUAUACAGAGCUUUGGGUGAUGAUAGACGGUCAUUCAGCUAUUACAAAGCUAUCCCUGUCAUUGAGAAAUUACCUUUUAAGAUUGAAAGCGUCGACCAGUUCAAACACCUUCCUGGGAUUGGAAAGUCAAUGAGAGAUCAUAUUCAAGAGAUUGUGACAACAGGGAAGUUAUCCAAGUUGGAACACUUUGAAACAGAUGAUAAGGUAAGGACAAUCAGUUUGUUUGGAGAAGUUUGGGGUAUCGGUCCAGCAACUGCGCUCAAGCUAUAUGAGAAAGGGCAUCGAACACUUGAUGAUUUGAAGAAUGAGGAAUCACUGACACAUGCUCAGAGGUUGGGAUUGAAAUACUUCGAUGAUAUUAAGACGAGAAUUCCACGCAAUGAGGUGCAAGAGAUGGAACAACUUUUACAGAGAGUCGGAGAAGAAAUUUUGCCCGGCGUGGUUAUUGUAUGUGGAGGAUCGUAUAGACGUGGGAAAGCUACUUGCGGAGAUCUAGAUAUAGUUAUCACACAUCCUGAUGGACAAAGUCAUAAGGGUUUCUUGACGAAGUUCGUAAAGCAUUUGAAGGAGACGAAGUUUUUGAGAGAAGAUCUCAUUUUCAGUACCCACAGUGAAGAGGGAACUGAUUCAGGUGUCGAUACGUACUUUGGCCUGUGCACAUAUCCUGGUCGGGAGCUCAGACACCGCAUCGAUUUGAAGGUGUACCCGAGGGAUAUCUAUGCAUUCGGACUCAUAGCUUGGACUGGGAACGACGUGUUGAACAGAAGGUUGAGAUUGUUGUCGGAAUCCAAAGGGUUUCGGCUCGAUGACACAGGAUUGUUCCCCACUACUCGCAGCUCAGGCAGAAAACGGGGUGAGAAAGCAAUGGCGAGUUUGAGGUUCGAAACGGAGAAAGAAGUUUUCGAGUUCUUGGGAUUCCCUUGGCUCGAGCCCCACGAGAGGAACCUCUGAGUUUUAUGCACCAGUUUUGUUUUUUCUUUUGUCUCGGCAGUUUACAUUUUGUGUUUGUAAAUGUUACGUGUAUGAUGUUUGAUAGUGUUAUGUCUCCUCGCCAA